AUGGCACGUACAAAGCAGACAGCUCGCAAAUCAACUGGUGGUAAAGCUCCCCGGAAACAGCUUGCCACUAAGGCAGCUCGUAAAUCAGCACCGUCAACUGGUGGUGUGAAAAAGCCACAUCGUUACCGCCCAGGUACAGUUGCACUUCGUGAAAUUCGUCGUUAUCAAAAGUCCACUGAACUGCUUAUUCGCAAAUUGCCGUUCCAGCGUCUAGUUCGCGAAAUCGCGCAGGACUUUAAAACCGAUUUGCGGUUUCAGUCUGCUGCUAUUGGUGCACUUCAGGAGGCAAGUGAAGCUUAUUUGGUGGGGCUUUUUGAAGACACAAACCUUUGCGCAAUCCAUGCUAAGCGUGUUACCAUUAUGCCGAAGGAUAUCCAGCUUGCACGUCGAAUCCGUGGAGAGCGAGCGUAG